CAAUCAGAUUCAGACAUCUGUUCCGAGCGGAGAGGAGAGCGGCUGGUGGACCUCGGCGGCUCGGCACGGUAACAUGAUUGCAUGAGAGAGAAACCGGACCGACACCGCCGACACACAGCGCAGAUAAAGCGGGAAUAAAUCCACGCAAGCCGCGCGUUUUCUCGUUUGCCAGCUUCAUUCCGGACGCAGUGCUUUGAGCUCGUUACCAUGACGGCGCUGUCGCUGCUUUUGAUGGCGGUGUCCGCCGCCUCGGUCCUGGCCGAGUCCUCGGUGUAUUUCCGAGAGCAGUUCGAGGAUGGCGAUGCCUGGAACAGUCGCUGGAUGGAGUCCAAGCACAAGUCAGACUACGGCAAGUUUGUCCUGUCUGCGGGGAAGUUCUACGGAGACGCGGAGAAAGACAAAGGCCUGCAGACGAGCCAGGAUGCCCACUUUUAUGCUCUGUCAGCCCGUUUCGAUGACUUCAGCAACAAAGGCCAGCCUUUAGUCAUCCAGUUCACUGUGAAACACGAGCAGAGCAUCGACUGUGGCGGCGGCUACAUCAAGCUGUUCCCCUCUGAGCUCAACCAGGAGGACAUGCAUGGAGACUCUGUGUACAACAUCAUGUUCGGUCCUGAUAUUUGCGGCCCUGGCACAAAGAAAGUUCACGUGAUCUUCAACUACAAAGGCAAAAACCAUUUGAUCAAUAAAGAUAUCAGAUGCAAGGAUGAUGAGUACACCCACCUGUACACGCUGAUCGUCAACCCUGACAACACCUAUGAGGUUAAGAUCGACAACAAGAAGGUCGAGUCUGGCAACCUGGAGGACGACUGGGACUUUCUGCCCGCCAAGAAAAUCAAGGACCCCAACGCCAAAAAGCCAGAGGACUGGGAUGACAGGGAGAAGAUUCCAGACCCAGAUGAUAAGAAACCUGAGGACUGGGACAAGCCUGAGAACAUCCCAGACCCUGAUGCCAAAAAGCCCGACGACUGGGAUGAAGAGAUGGAUGGAGAGUGGGAGCCACCGAUGAUUACCAACCCUGACUACAAGGGCGAGUGGAAGCCCAGGGAGAUCGAUAAUCCCGCCUACAAAGGCAAGUGGGUCCACCCUGAGAUCGACAAUCCAGAGUACACAGCUGACCCGGAGAUCUACAAGUACGACAGCAUCGGCGUGAUCGGGCUGGACCUGUGGCAGGUCAAGUCUGGGACCAUCUUUGACAAUUUCCUAAUCACCAACGAUCCUAAACUGGCCGAGGACGUUGGUGACGAAACCUGGGGCAAAACUAAGGAUAGUGAGAGAAAAAUGAAGGAAAGCCAAGAGGAAGAGGAGAGGAAGAAGCGGGAGGAAGAGGACAAGAAGAGGAGAGACGAUGUGAAGGAAGAUGAGGAUGAGGAAGAGAAGGAUGAGGAGGACGAGGAAGAAGAAGAGGAGGAAGAGGGAGAGGAGCCAGAGGAGGAGGAGGGGGAAGAGGAAGAAGAUGAAGACACAGACUCUCAACUCAAGGAUGAGUUAUAAACUCAGGAACUGCCCCGUUUGAGUCGGUGGGCUGUUGGAUGGAGACUGAAACGAAAGACCUUGAUGACCGUCACCUUGGGGGCGGGGCCUGGGUGGGAUGGACAUUUUUCAUUUGUUUGUUUACAGAACAAAAGGGAUGGGUCAAUAAGGGCAAUUACUGUUGUGUUUUCUGUCGCGAUGAGCCACUACUGCUACUAUUAACAUAAUUAUUGUUAUAUAAAUUGGAACAAUAGAAGGGAUCCACUGAAACGAAUGUCGAGAUUAGUAAUUAUAAAGUUGCAAGGGAAUAAACUAUCAUUUGUUAAAUGGGGUCUAGGUUUAUGUGAAGCUUUGACAGGAGUAUGUAUUUAGUUGUAUGGAUGGUGCCAUGAAAAUGUUUUGUUUACCUCAUGUGCUUUGUGUGUUGUGAGUUUUAAUUUUUAUUUCUUUUGUUUUGCUUUUGUAAAUGUUUUACACUAAAUUCAUGUCCGUCUGGAAAGAUUGGAUGGAGUUAGGCGUCUUCACGCAGGUCAUCUAUCCUGCUUUAACGUUAAAUUAAAACAAGGUUUAAUGGGAACCAGCAUCAGCACUAAGACUUUGUAUUUUACACCCUGCUCAUGGACAGCAUCACGCCCCCUUCCAUAGUUUUCUAACCAACACCUCCACAUUGUCUAGUCUUGCGUUACGAUGAGCCUCUGUAGGAGUUAGACGUACGUUAGAGCCUCUCCUGUAGCAGUAAAUCAUCUGAUCAUUCGGUACCCUAAUGGGGGGGUUUAACCAGUUUCCUCCUGUCUGAUUUCAGUUCUUCUCCACUGCUGUACCCCCCCCGGCACGCCGUCCUGAAGGCUCCUUUUUGUAAAAACACACAUUUUGUACUAAUGGGGUAGAAAAUUGAGUGAGUGGGGGGGGCAAUUUUUAUGUUGCUGUGCAAAUAAUAAAAACAAAUCUGAAGAAAUCAA